GAAAACAUUUGAAGAGUUCGAUCGAAAUCAUCUCCACAUGAGACAUUUCAUCUGAAUCUGAAAGGUGCGGGAAUAGAUCCUUCAGAAUGUCAACAUUUGGCGGGUACAUGCCCGAGUUUCCUGACAUUCGUGUCGAUCAUUUUCGCCAAAUAAUAGGUCGAACUGCUCCGCUAGCAUGUUUUUUAAGCCAUGUUCAUAGCGACCAUCUUGAGGGACUUGAUAAUGAUCGUGUUAACUUGCCAUUUGUUUACUGCUCGGCAGCUACCAGAGAAAUUCUGUUGAGACUCGAGAAGAGAAGAGACCGCUUGAACUUGGCGCAGGGUAUUUUAGAAAAGGAGAAGAGAACCUAUAAGCAUUUGAAGAGUGUUUUGAAACCGAUUCCAUUGGAGACUCCAACAUUAAUUGAAUUGGCGCCGAAAAAUGAAGUCAGAGUUACGUUGUUUGAUUCUAAUCAUUGCACAGGGGCAGUGAUGUUCUUGUUUGAGAAGGAGAACAUCGCCGUCUUGUAUACUGGGGAUGUCAGAUCGGAAAUAUGGUUUGUCAAUAAUCUGACACGAAGUCCAUUCUUGAUCGAAUACACAAGCGGCAUGAAGACUUUAGACUGCAUUUAUCUCGAUACAAGCAACACUGGACCACUAGCAUUUCCUACAAAGGCUGAUGGCCUGAAGGAAAUGAUUGAUAAAGUCAGAAAAUAUCCACCAAAUACCAAGUUUCACUUUUCGGCCUGGACGUUCGGAUAUGAAGAGGUUUGGGCAGCGCUGUCACGAACACUCGACUCGCAGAUUCACGUGGACAAAUACAAGUACAAACUAUACCAAUCGCUACGUCAAGAAGGAUCUGAUGGUCAAUCACGCUUCUUGGCACCUGAGGGUCCUGUUCUGGUUGGGUGUAUUGUUGGAAAUAGCCCAAAAGGAGGUUGUUUGACUACCGAUAAAAACGCACGAAUUCACAGCUGUGAAAAGGGAAUGGGCUGUUCGGUUUAUGGGGAGGAUGAUGUUGUGUUAAUACGUCCAUUUAUCACCCGUGGACCCGAUGGAGCGGAAAUAGAAGAAAUUGGUAUUGGAGGUGGCUGGGGUGAUCUAAUCCCAGAUUACGAAGUCGCCAUGGAUUUCGAUGAUGUCAAGGAAUUCCUAGAGACAGUUUUUGCCGAGACAGAUCAGCCCAUAAUUGAAGAAAUUCGACGUAUGCUUCUCGCGGAACUAGCAUCCACAAAAGGGGUAAUAUCAUUAGACGGUAUGCAAUUUGGUAUUAAUCAAAUCUCUUUGAAGGAACUCGGUGAAUGUUUACUACGAAAGUUGGAUCAGAAAUCUAUUGUAAUACUUGACAAGAAAAGAGACUCUAUUCCUGGAAACGGACUCCCCAAGGUGAUCACGUUUCCAUACUCACGGCAUUCGUCAUAUGCCGAGCUUUGUCAUCUUGUGGAAAUAUUCAAACCAAGAGAUGUGUACCCAUGUACUGUAGAUGAAGAAGAAUGGCAUGAAGGAUUAAGCAUGAAAUCUCUUUUUGGUGAUCAUUGCUCUGGUUCUGUUUUUCGACACGAUAAUGAAAUGCGAGGACUAGUUGCUAUUCGUGCGACCGAAGUGGCUAUGAUGUCAAGUCAACAAACUCAAAUAACAACUGCGUCCAAAUCUUCUCCAACGUCGACAGACCAUUUUAAGGAGCUCACUUUGACAGCAGCCAGAUGGGAAAAUGACAGUGAUCCUUCCACACCAACUUCAUUCCAGAAAGGGGCAACUAGAAUCGCUCGACAGUCAAUGUCUAGCUGGUCACAAGAGCCAGUAUCCUCAUCUUCACCUCUACCAUCUCAAACAGGUGUAAUCAGCAUCAGCCAGACACCAAAAUCAGACACUAAAAAUCCAGACUCGAGUUCAAGUCGCCAAUUAUCUCAACGAAGAGUGUCCUCGGAUAUGGUUAGUCCACCACCUUUGAAACGCGUUCGGCUCAGCGAGGAUCUCCAAAUGGGUGGUUCAACAUCUUCGAAAUCAUCUACUCCUUCAAAAUCUGUUACGGACUUAGAACAACGGAGCGUAGAGUCCUCUGCUGAGCUCGGCGGCGACCAUGUUAACAAACACGUCAAGUUAUAUUUGGAAUCAUCCCCAAGUCAGAGUAAUCCCUUCAGAUCUAAAAUGAGUCUGGAAAGUAUGUCGAAACUAUUCGCUCUUAAAACAAACAGUAACGCAGAUACAAUCGAUGAUCAAAAUAUCUUGGCGCCCAAGGACGAGAACGAUUUAGUAGCAGACGGCACCACCAAAAAUGAUGAAGACAUAUUUUCCACAUUGCCAGAGGAGAGCAAUCUUCAUAAAGAUGAGAAUCCCACCUUAUAUGACUCAAUUGAUAAUAUCCUUCGAUGUGGAGAUUGUGGUCAUGAGAUCUGGGAAAACGCAGCUGGAACGGACGAUUUGAUGCUCGGGAUUUGCACGGGCUGCGGCAACGGAACUGACCCCUUUUACGAGGAUGCCGAUUUUCCUGGAAAUAUCCCUCGUAUCUACGAAGAUGAGUAUGCAAGCGAAGUUGACGAAGAGAGAGCUCGAGAAUUGAUUGGGAAUACACAUCUUGAUUAUCAAUCCUCGGCUUAUGAUACCCAAGACGAGGAUUCCGAACUUGUUAUGAAGGAAGACUAUGAAGUUGAUAGUUUUAUUGAUAAUUCCGAAGUGCUAGAAUCAGAUUCAGAGCCUGAGAGUUCUGAUAGUGAGAGUGAGGAAGAGACAGAUUAUAAGUCUGCAUUAAAGAACUUGCAAAGGAAAUUUGAUGUAUUGAUGAAGGAUUAUUUGGAAUUGGCGGAUCAGUAUGACGAGUUUAGGCAUGAUGUACUUGGUACGAGUGAAGAAGAAGAUGAUGGAGAUGGAGAGGAUAAUGAUGAGGAAGAGGGAGUGAGAAGAGAUGAGGUAGGGGCCCAUAUGGUGGAUGUGCUGGUGAAACAGGGGGAGCUUGUCGUGGAGGAUGUACUUGUUUCGUCGUUUAGAAGUGUUAACGAGGAGGGAGAGGGAGAGGGAGAGGGAGAGGGAGUUAUGGGUGGUGAUGAAUUUAGAGACGAAGGACUCGAGAAAGAUGAAGCUAUGGUUAUUGAUCUUACACCAAGCACGUCUUCUGACCCGAGAGGAGAAAGUAUGGAAUUGUGAUGGAAAAUAUAGUUGGGGUUGGCUGGCUGGUAGGAGAGAACGGGUCGCUUAUUUGCUUCUUACGAUAAAUUUUGAUACCCGGAAUUUGCUUUUCGCAUUGGUGUUCGCUGGCAAAGGAUGAAUGGCAAGAUUCAAAAAGGUGUUUUAAAGGGAAAAUGGCAUUGGUAUUGGUAUCGGUAUGGGUAUCAGGUUCCACACGGUACAUUAUCUGAUUUGAUACUUGAGAAUAUGGUUGGGAAGAAUUUGCUUUGGCAUAGAUAUUCCUAUUUAUGUGUUGUGAUAUCAUGAAAUAUCACAUAAGGAAAGCAUUCUCUGUAGCUCGAUGGGUAGUUUGUAAUUUUAUUAAUACAACUAUUGCUACUUGCAAUUCACGGUCACGUUCAUAUAUCUAAUAUGGCUUUAUGAUAUAUUGUGACUGUAUGAUCAUGUAAUCAGAUACUCA